CCUAUCUUCUUUAUUUAUAUUGGACGCGGCAAACCAUUUAAAUUUUGUAGAAAAUUCUUUAAUCCCGAAUCCCGAAUUACAAAUUGAUACAAUGUCCAGUAUAUGCCUGUUUGAAACUUGUUCCAAAAAUCCAGAAGAACUUACUCGGCAUUUUCACUAUAUUUACACCGGUUUAACGCCCCCCGAACUCGAAACAAAUACUUAUUUGUUAAUAGGCCUACAACAGUAUCACAAGAUUUACCUUUUGGAAGAUAUUACGGACAUAAUCAGCUCUAUUCGUUCAAGGUGGCACUGCAUACAAGGAGUUGUUUUAAACGAUAACAUUGUAACCAUUGAUGUCUUAUCGCAAAGGGAGUUUAUUAACGAAGCCUUCAAAGCGAUUAUAUACUCUCUUUUACUCUGCGAUAAUGGUAAUAGAGAUAAAUAUGUUGAGAGGAUUAUAAAAGACUUGAAAAUACUAUUCAACAGUAUCGUUCCUGUUUCAAAACUGAGUCAACCGAUUCUUGGUAAAAUUACUUCAUCGACCGGUGGUUUAAAUUGUCCUUUCUACCAAUAUCUACAUUCUUUUCUAGAGAUGCUUUACUAUAUCACUUUACUGCAUUAUUUAUGCGGAGUAACUGUGGAGAAUACAGAGGUAUUUUUGGAGAGUGUGAUAAAGAAUUUGUCAGUUAUUGUGAAAAGCACCUUUAACAGAACUAAUUAUUUAACAACUAUUAAUAUGUGUGAAUGUGUAAAAUUAUUUACACUAACCGUUCAAUUAAUUGCUGAAAAGAUGGACGUUACAGGCUCAAUAUUUUGGAGGGUGUUUAACAAAGUGCUUGAAACCGAACCUCCACUUUUUGCUUUGUAUUUUUUAAAGCAAGUCUCGUUAAUUCAGUGUUAUAAUUCUAAAUUCGAAGAUAUUGGUUACAAAUCCGAUAGAAUAAAGCCCAACUAUACGUUUCUGGAAUUUAAAAUUAAAGAAUUAUUACUAGACACUGACUGUGAUACCUUAGCUUGUGGUUUAAAUAUUAUUGAACCUUUAUUGUGCCGAUUAUGGCUGAAGGAAGGAAAGAUCGAGAUAUUUCAAAUCAUUUGGGAUUUCUACAGUAAAAGACUGAACAUAUCGAACAAGAGCUCGUGCAAUAUUUCACCGGUUCAUUUAGUGGAGAUCUUGGAUUCGAUUUUGUACGCGCCAAAAGAUUGCAAGGAAGAUUUUGAAAUAUUUCUGGGUUUGCUGGUUUACCAUUUGAACGAAUACCCUGUUCAGUGGACGAAAAUGAGGGGAAGAAUAUAUUCUCAGUUGGGGCCGAACAAAGUGAAGGACCUCUCCGAAAUCGGUAUAAGACAUGUGGCAUUGUUAUACUUGGCUUUGAGUAGUAUCAGUUUUGAAGAGCUUGAAAAGAAAAUGUUGGCGUUUUUGGAGAAUUUGCCACCGGAAAAGAAGUUUUCCUUGGUUGUUUGGAACAUUCAUUGUGCUAUAAUUUUGAAAUACGUUCGAGACGGGCGAUCGAUUGAAAAAAUAUCCCCCACGAUGGUAUCCAUGUUGCAAGAGGCGUCAAACAACCAGAAGACCUUUCAUUUGAUAAAGGAGUUCUUGAAGAAUAUGGAAGCGAUCAUCCAGAACAGCUCAAAUAUGAACCUCGGUCAAAACUUCUUAAUCGGCUCCUGGCUGGGAAAGUACCAAUCCGUUUGCUAUCUGGCCGACCUAAAUAAAUCCCUGGACGUUGUCUUAUCGAUGCUGGAAAAAUGCGGCGACGCCGACUGUUGGCCGCUCUAUGAAAACAACUUUAAAGAGCACGUGUACGAUAAUCUGAAACAACUGAGUACCACCCAUAACCCACCGGGAAUUAUCGGGAAAAUCGCCGCCAAAGUCGCGCUGCUUAAUCCGAGCCUUACCACCGAUUCGUUCAAUUUCUUCAGUACCGAAACGGUACCGCCGAAAAUCUGUUCAAACUUUCUGGAAAUUAUUCUGGACAGUUAUCCGGACCAUUUUAUUUUAACGCCGUUACAGGAAAACCAGAUCGUGCAAAGCUGGGCGAGAAUUUGUUUUUUAAGUGCUGUACCUCAAAUAGAGUUAUCUAAGAGAGUACUUAAACUCGACGUGUUCCCUGCUGAAAUGAAGUGUCACCUAAAUAACGCCCAAGACCCCAUGGAAGCUUUCAUAAACUACUUAGGUUCUCACUCAAAACAAUCAUAUGAACAAACUAGUGAAUUACUGACUUUAUGCGGGUUUGCGCUGAAUAAUUUAGACAAAUUACUGGCUCAGUACGUUCAGAAACCAGAAAGCGAAGAUAUUACUUUGAAUAUUUACCGAUACGCAUCGUUAACGUUCCUCAAUUGCAGUAAUUUGAUUUAUAACAGAAACAAACCGGUAACAAUCUUAACGAAACUGGUAGAAGUCUUGUUGUUGCCCAUGGAUUUUAUGACGGGUAAAAAAAUUCCCCACCCGUUCGUUCUGAACGGUAUUAAACACACUUGGACGGUAUUUUUCAAGGCUUUUAUAAAUAUAAGCAGCAAUAACGAUCCAUAUAUCGACAGGUUAUUGAAGGACAUGGUCGUGAAGUAUAUGCCCUAUUUCGCAACGUCGGAUUCACCGAUAGUGAACAGCUUAAAAGAACCGGAUUGCGCUACUGUGAUUUUGGAGAAACUGUAUUUGGCUUAUUUCAAACCUUCCACCAAAGAAUCGGACGCGAAUGUUAUCAAAGCUCUGAAAAUUAUAGCGGAUCUAAUCAAUAACAACGACCUAUCCCUUCUACGAGUUAUGGUUAAGAAAGUUCUGCCCGGUUUGUUCGAAGUGGUAAUUUUCCACUCGCAAAGAAGCGUGGCGUUGGGGGUGAUUAAAAACCUAACUUCCAGCCCGUUGUUUUUGCACGUGCGCGAAGUGUUUAAACAGGCAAUUCUGGCGAUUUCCGAUAAGAAUGUGGGGUUGAAUACGAUCAAUUACUUCCAGUUGGUGACGACCCUGGCUAAAUUCGCGCCCGGAGAGGUGAAGGAAAUUAUAGAAAGCAUUAAAAUUCAGGUGGUGAAUGUGGAAAGGCUAAGGGGCGUGGGGUUCGAUAAAACCCUAAGGACUCAUUUGGAGAGGCUGGAAAAUGUGCUAAAAAAUAACACAUGAUGUUGUUUGUUAUAGAUAUUAGAUUUGUUCUAGAUAUUUUAUACAUAAUAUAUUUUUUGUACUAUUUAAAUAAAAAAAAAAGUUU